AUGGACCGUCUCAAGCACAAACGUGCCGCCCGCCGAACGCAGAUCACAAAGGUGGUAAACGAGGUGGCAGAGCUACGAAGCGACGUGAACGUCUCCAAGGCUACACUCACCGGGCUACUAAAUAGACUCGUGGCUAACGACAACGAACUACGGCAAAUUAACAAGGAAAUAGAGCCGUUGAUACCAAACGACGACCUGGAGGAAGAAUACGCAACGAUGUUCAGCUACGAAGACCAAGCCCACAACGCCAUAGCCGAACUGCAAACGAGGAUGGCCGAAAUUCAGAUUUCGGAGCAGGCCGCAACGCAAGUGGCCCCGUCGUUUCCGAGACCGACGUCAGACGCGGAGAGACCACGCACUGGUGUGAAAUUACCAAAGCUUCAACUACAGUCAUUCGCGGGUGAGUUAACUCAGUGGCAGCCCUUUUGGGAGCAGUACAAGACCACCGUGCAUGAUAACCCGAACCUCUCCAAGACUGAGAAGUUUCAGUACCUGAGAUCGUUAGUGCGUGGGUCGGCUGCUUCCGCUAUCAUGGGUCUGCAGGCGUCAGAGUCCUGCUACGAUGACGCCCUCGAAAUCCUAAAGCAACGCUUUGGUAACAAGUGUCGCAUCGAGAGAGAACAUUUAGCAAAGCUACGGAACUUGGCUGCCGUCAAAUCGGCGAACGAUGUGCGCGGACUACGAACGAUGUACGACGACGUUCAGAAUAACAUACGUGGACUACGCUCCCUCGGUGUUUCCAGUGCGAGCUAUGCCUCGAUGAUGGUGGACAUACUGUUAUCAGCGUUGCCGUCGGAGUUGGUCGUCGAAUAUCACCGGCUGGCUCGAUAUGGAACUGUUUUAGAGGAGCCUACAGCGAAUACUCAGAGCGCACAGGUCGACGAACAUCCGUCGAGUAGGGUGGAUACGACAACAAGCAGCGAGUUGACCAAAGUCUUGAACUUUCUUCGCAUCGAAAUAGAGAGUCGUGAACGCUCUGGUGUAAAGGAUCGUGCAAGCACACCUCAGCUUUUCCCAACGCCACAACGUACGACUACAACUUUUCACAGAACGCCCAGAGCUAAAGGUAGCAACCUUACCUCUACGGGAGCAGUACUACAGAGCAGCGCACAGGCAGUACCCAAGUGCUUCUUCUGCAACGCAGUUGACCACGAUGCGCCACACUGCCAGUGCUCCAUGCCCCUAGCAGAGAAACGAAGCAAGCUGGCAAAGGAUAUGCGCUGCUACCGCUGUACCAAGAGAGGUCAUAGAUCCAAGGACUGUCGAUCGAGGAUAAGUUGCAGCCACUGUGGGAGGCGACACGCGUCGUCGUUGUGCGACCCGUCACAGUCAUCUCAGAGCGCCUCAACAGAACCCAGUUCGAUGGGUACGACCAACAUGAUGGCAACCCACAGCCACAGUGUGCCGGCUCAAGAGGACACCAGCGUAUUGCUGCAGACAUUCCGUGCUUGGGCAACCUCCGACCAAAACGCAGCUUAUAUUCGAGGCAUCAUCGACGGAGGGAGCCAGCGCACCUUCAUUCGAGAGGACGUGGCCACGAAGCUUAAGUUGACGACUGUGGGGGAAACCACUCUGCAGAUAAACACCUUUGCAAACAACACACACACAACGCCAACUACAGUGAAGAUUGUGAAGCUCGGGUUACGCAGUCAGUACGGCCCACAAGAGUACAGCAUUGAAGCUCUGACGGUACCCUUUAUUUGCAAAGACCUUACGGCUACGCCUGAAGACAACGAAUUUGUACAGUCAAUUCGUUGCGACAACGUGUUCAUCGCCGACGAGCUGGUGCACUGGAACGUCCCAUCAGAGGUCGGGAUAAGUCUCCUGAUUGGCUGCGAUCAGAUGUGGAAGCUCCUAACCGGUGAACUGAAGCGAUGUGACAGAAAUGAGAAGUUUGUGGCUAUUUCCACGGUCUUUGGAUGGACAUUCCAAGGCCCAGCGACUCUGGACUGUCGCCUCUCUAAGGAGACCACGACAGCCGUAUGCGUACUCCGCGUUGGAGGGACACAACAUCAAGAGUCAGACGUACUUAAACGAUUCUGGGAAUUGGACAGCAUCGGCAUAACAGAUGCAGAUACUUCAAACGUAGAACACAACGCGUCGAUCCUGGAAGAAUUUCAGCGACAGUUAACUAUGAAAGAUGGCCGAUACGAGGUAACACUUCCUUGGAAAGCUGGUACCAUUCAAAUGGCAGACAACUUAGAGUUGGCAAAAUCCCGAUUGCGAGGUCUGGUAAGACGGCUGCAAUGUAAUGACCAGGUGAUUGAGUAUGAUGAGGCCAUACGAAGUUAUAUAGAGAACGGGCACGCAGAGAGAGUGGUUGGCGAUUCACCAGAAUCUCGCUACACGUACUACAUGCCUCACCGAGCCGUAAUCCGCAAUGGAUCCACCUCGACCAGAGUACGGGUAGUCUUCGACGCCUCCUCGCAUGGUCCAGGUGCUACGUCUUUGAACGACCACCUCGAAAAAGGCCCCAAAUUGAACUCUGACCUGGUUCCGAUUUUGCUGCGUUUCCGUAUGCACACGAUCGCUGUUACUGCAGACAUACAGAAAGCCUUUCUGCAAGUUGGCAUCAAUCCAGCCGACAGAGAUGCCUUACGCUUUCUGUGGUUUACCACCGCACCCCUACGAGGAUCCACGCUUCCACCGCUUGAAGUCUGGAGGAUGACUAGGGUGCCGUUUGGUACAACCGCGAGCCCUUUCCUACUCAGCGCCACCCUUCAACAUCACCUGAGGUGCACUACAGGAUCCGAAGAAGAUAUCGCCCAUACGCUGAUAAACUCUUUCUAUGUGGACGAUUUACUUACGGGUGCCAACAAGUUGGAAGAGGCACAGCGGAUAGUCAGCAGUGCACGACGCAUACUGCAAAAGGCAGGUAUGAAACUGACUAAAUUCGCGUCAAACUCCUCUGAACUUCAGACGACCUUUGAGCAGUUUAGCAGAGAAGACCAUAACGCUGAGAGGCGGUUGUGUGAAACGGAGGACAGCAGGGUUCUUGGCAUCGUAUGGAAUAAGUCGACUGACCACCUCAAGUUCUCCGGAGAACACCUCCUAGAUACCAUCAUAGCGGCCAAGUCGACUAAGCGCAGUGUCUUGCAAACAUCUGCAAAAAUCUUUGACCCACUUGGCUUUCUUUCUCCAUACACUAUAAGAGUAAAGAUUUUAUUUCAACGGCUAUGGGAAAGAGGCCUCGACUGGGACGCUCCGUUGCCAGCGGACAUAUCUAAAGAAUGGGACUCCUGGUGUGCUGAUCUACCGAAGCUUCACAGUAUUUCCCUGGAGCGGUGUUUGCUACCUGGUGAAGAAAGCGACUAUUCCACAGAACUUCACAUUUUUUCCGAUGCAAGUCCGCAAGCCUAUGGAGCCUGCGCUUUCUUGAGAGUGGUUGACGCAAAAGGAAACAUUAAAGUGGGACUAGUGUUUGCGAAAAGUCGUGUAGCGCCCCUCAAGAAACUUACGCUUCCACGGCUGGAACUGAUGGGAGCUGUGAUAGGAGUGCGUAUCGCCAAACUAGUGUGCGACUCCUUACCAACGAUAACGGAUGUGGCCACAUACUGGACAGACUCCAGCAUUGUACUUUGUUGGAUAAAGGGAAAUGCCAGCAAAUGGAAACCCUUCGUCAAGAACCGAGUGAUGGAAAUACAAGAAAAAAGCGAUCCAUCACAUUGGCGACACUGUCCGGGCGUAUCCAACCCAGCUGACGCCUUGACAAGAGAUCUUACCGUUUCUGCCAUGGCUGAGUCCCGGCUGUGGUUUCUAGGACCAAGUUGGCUAGCUGAAGCACAGUCAUUAUGGCCGCCAGCAGGUACCCGGACGGCAACAACGGACCUACAAGUACUCGAAGAAGAGAAGGCGGCAAAAGCUGUCGUUGUAGUCCACACGGCCACGACGAAACCCCCAUUGUUCGAGCUGAACAAGUAUAGCAACUACACACGAACUUUACGAGUCACCGCCUGGAUCCUGCGUUUUGUUGCAAACUGUCAACGAACGAAUCAAGUCGAGGGUCCGCUUAUAACAGAGGAGAUGGAGAAGGCCGAGCUGGUAUGGGUUAAACAGGCCCAACACGAGUCCUACCUGGAAGAAGUCCACACACUCACUCAAGGUUUGGAUCUCCCAAAGACAUCAAAAUUGUAUCAGCUCAAACCGUUUCUGGAUGAAACGGGCCUUUUACGACUUACUGGAAGGCUCCAGUACACCGACGACCCUGAAGACAUUAAGCACCCUGUUCUUCUGCCCAAAGAACACACCCUAACUAGACUCAUCGCCGAAUCAGCUCACCGCCGAAUUCUGCAUGGAGGAGUACAAGCAACUCUAACAGAACUCCGACAAAGAGUGCAACGGCACCGACUGCACCUCUUCCAGCAGACCGCGUACUUCGCAGUCACCCAUUUUCUGUAA